GAUUACAUGACGAAAGCACGUAAUUUAGAGCAUAACAUGAAAUCAAUGGCAAUAGAGAAAGAUAAAUUAGAACAGCAUGUUGAUGAUCUUCAACAUCGAUUUGAGAGAAUAAAAGAAGAAUCUGAAGGGCUGAGAGCUGAGAAUAAUGAUUUACAUCAUGAUGUCCAUUCACUAAUUGGGGUCAUAGGUCAGGCUAGGGCUAGUGGGAAAUGGGAGUUUGGUGACUAUGACUUCAGAACGAUCUCCUCACAUGAUGUUCUUGGAUCAUGCACAUCAGAUUUUCCGAGUGCUGAUGAGAGAAAGCAGAAACAUAUUCAUGAGUUGAAACAGCAGUUAUCACACCGUGAUAAUAUGAUCAGUAAACUGCAAGUUGACUUGAAAGCACUGGGAGAUACACAGAAAACAUCUAUGGAAGAGAUGGAACGAAAAGAUGUCAUGAUAGAAUCGAUGAAGAAUACAUUGUCUCAGAUACAUGACAGAGAACAGAGACAGAUUGGGGCUGCUACUGAUAAAGACAUCAUUAUUAUGAAAUUAAAAACUGAUCUUAGACAAGAAGAACAAACUCAUAAAGAUGCUUUACAUGAGCUUGCUGAUAAAGACCGCACAAUUCAAAGUCUACAGUCUAAUAUUACAGAUCUUCACAAUACAAUAGCUAUGAAAGAUACAGAGAGUGGUAAUCUUCUUCAAACCAUUCAGCUGUUUAAAGAAAAACAAAAUGAUGGUUCACUGGAGAUUGCUAAAAGAGAAGACCAAAUAAGACAGCUAAAAGCUGAUUUGUCCAACGCAAAGGAUCAACACAGACAGGUGUCAUGUGAUGUUACUCAUUUUGAAAGAAGAAUCAAAACUUUAGAAUCUGAACUCAAGCAGUCCCAGGAACAAAGACGGAAAACCGUUGAUGAGAUCGGUAAUCUUCAAGCACGGAUCAGAGAAAGCCAGAUAUCUACUCAAGACCACCAUGAAGUGCUUCGUUCUGAACUCGCUAGGAGAGACGAUACAAUACAGAAACUGAGAAAUGAAAUACUUGUAACUCAAGAGAAAUACGAUGCUAGUAUUAAUGAGCUGGAGAAACAGGACAGAAAAAUGCAAAUGAUAUCAGACAAACAAAAGGGAAGUCAAGAAGAGGCACAGAAACUAGAGUCUACAUCAAAGCAACUCGAACAAGAACUGGAAAACCUACGCAAACAAUAUACCAGUAACCGAGAGCAGUUGUCAGUAUCGGAACGCAGUAAUGCUCAGUUGCAAAAUGAACUGCAGGCUCUUCGCACAAAGUACAAUGAUUCAUCGAUUCAAGUUGAGAAACUGACGGAUAGUCUUAACAAGCUGCAGGCAGCUUCCAAAGACACAAGAGAUGCACUGGCACAAGAGGUGGCAGAAAGGCAUGAUAUGGUGGUAAAACUACGGGCUGAGAUGGCAGACUUGGAGGAGAAACACCGUGAAUCCAUGGCUCAAGUAAUACAUAGAGGUGAAGUUAUACAACAACUUAGAGGUGAUGCAAAGGGGAUAUCAGCCCAGUUUGAAGACAGCCAAAACAAAAUGCAAGCUGUGAAUGAAGAACUGGCAUCAUUUAAACUCAAAUAUCAAGAACAGAUGAAUCAGUUUGGAGAGCUUCAAAGCCGCUCACAACAUGAUAAAUUGAAUGCCAGUCAGGAUAUUGCUGUAUUGAAAUCUGAAUCAUCAGAACAAGAAAAAAAAAUCAAGAAGCUGCAAUCAGAAAUAUCACAGUUAGGAGAACAGUUACAGCAAAAUCACCAACAGAUUACAGCUCGAGAUGAAACAAUUCAAAGAAUGCAAAAACAACACCAUGAAUUGCAAGAUGAGAUAUCUCGCAGAGAAAGGGCGAUACAGAAACUAGAGCUAGAACUGAUGAAUGUACAGGAGGACAAUAGGCGAACUAAUGAUGAUCUGCAAAGACGUGAGCUGACCAUACAGCAACUGGAACUUGACUUGAAAGCUACCAAACAACAGUAUCGAGAAUCUGUGGAGGACAACACUAGACUGGAAACCAGGAUGCAAUCAUUACAAGUUACCUCACAAAGUGAACAAGAUAUAUUAUCAUCUGAGAUUUCGAGGCGUGAAGACAACAUCCAUAGAUACAAAAUGGAUGUAAUAAACCUGCAAGAGCAACUUGCUAAAACUGAGGAGAAGCUAGCGCAGGAAGGAAUGACAGUUGAUCAGUUAAAACAUCAAUGUAAGACAUAUAAGAUGGAACUGGAAGCUAAAGAAGAGGCAAGGAAAUCUCUGGAAAGGCAACUGGAAGAUUCUAAACAGUUACAUUCUUGUGCUCGAGAAGAGCUUGAAAGGUGCGAGGAUACAAUUUCUGAUUUGACAAGUGAACUGAGCUCUGCACAGAGUAAAGAAGAGAGUCAAUUGCAUUCGUUGAGAUUGAAAGAAGAGAUGGUAGGUCAGCUUCAGUCUGACGUUGAAGCCUUACAUCAGCAACACAAAGAUGUUCUAACAAAGCUUCAACAGAGGGAUGAUAUGAUCCAUAAACUAAGUACAGAAACAAGUAAAUUGAAAACAAAGCACCAUGAGAAGACAAGUGAGGUUCAGAAGCAGACUGACAUGCUCCGGAGAUUAGAGGAUUCUUUGACCCGAACACAGGUCGAUUUGGAAGAAGUCCGUCAACGAAGCCAAGAGGAACUGUCAGAAAAAGCAGGUAUCAUCAGGGCAUUAAAAGAAGACCUUUCUGAGUCACAGUCACAGUACACAGCCUGUUAUGAUGAGGUUCUCAGACAAGAAGAACAAAUCGAGAGGUUUCGAGAAGACAACUCGCGACUGAAUAUACAGACACAGAAAGAUACAGAGGAACUCCUCAAACUGGCUGAGCAAGUUCAGCAGUUAGAAUUAGAAUUGACAAUAACUCAGGAAAAACACAGAACAUGUCAAAAAGAGGUCGGUAAUCGAGAUCAGCAAAUAUUGAAACUGCAGACAGAACUGGACACUGCACAGCAGAAGUACAAUGGUAGUAUUGAAGAGCUUGCAAUCCAGGAUGAUGAAGUCAAACGACUUCAAAGUCGACUGAAAAAUUUGCAAUCAGAGAUGAAAAAUCUGAAAGAGUUACUGGAAAUUAGGGAAAGGAAGAUUGCCACAGAUGACCAAACAAUACAACAGCUAGAAAGAGAGCAACAGAUAUCAAAUCAGGAGAUAUCAAGCCAUUUAAGGUGCAUUGAAGAUCUUAAGACUGAUGUACAAACAACACGUACUACGUAUCAACAAGAGAUUAAACUCCAGAAUGAGGAAAUUCGCCAACUCAAGGAAGAAGUGAGCGAUUCUAACAUUCGGUUAACCGACUCUGAUAUUAUGAACAGUCAGUUUAAAGACAAUAUCAACCAGUUAACAGCUGACUUACAGAAAGAACAAGAUACGAAUAAGCAGUCAAUGAAUGAGAUUUCUCGUAAAAAUGAGAUUAUUGACCAUCAAGACAAAGGGUUAGCUGAGACCAGACAAAAAGUCAUGUUGUUAGAGAAUGAGUUACAGCAAGCCAAGUAUCAGAUUGAAGACAUGGAGAGAAAUAUUGAAAACUUGAGAGAUCGGUAUAGUCAAAGUGUGUCACAGAUUGGAAAACUGGAAUCUAGUUCUUCCACUACUAUUGCAAAUUUAGAAGAAAGAUUAUCUGAAAGCAACUCUAAGAUUAAAGAUCGUGAUGAGAAUAUAGACCAGUUCAAAUCUGAUAUAUCAACUCUAGACCAACAAGUACAAGAAAGACAGAGUCAAAUACAGAGAUGUGAAGAGAUUAUUGACUCACUCACUCAAGAUUUUCAUAAAACUCAAGAAGAUCUCCAGAUUACAAGAGAAAAAGUCUCGCAUUGUGAAGAAGUAAUUGACAAUCUUAAAGGAAAAUUACUUGAAAAACAACAAGAGGCCAUCCAUCAUGAAGAAAGAGGAAGACACUUACAAGCUGAUUUUAUUUCUUAUCAAGACAACCAUCAGCAUACUGUAGAUGAGGUGAAUGACCGUGAUGAGUUCAUAAAGCAACUAGAGAAUGACUUUAAAGAUCUACAAAAUGAAAGAGACCAAAAAGAACAGGAAGCAAACGAUCUACACUCUAGGGUGUCCGAGCUGAACGAUGAUUUAAAAAAUAUCAAAGAACAGAGAAAUAGUGCCUCAAAGGAAGUGCAGAGAUUGGAACAGACAUUGAAACAAUUGCAGCUCAACCUGGCAUCACAACAUCAAAAGCAUAAAACAGAGGUAUUCAAACUUGAAGAGCAUGUAAAGCGAUUGGAAGGUGAUCUGAGCAGUUCACAGAACAGAAAUAAACAUCUUGAAGCUGAUUUGCAUAGAAGAAAUGACACGCUGAGUAAAAGUGAGACUGACUUGGCCAUCGCUAGGGAAGAUAACAAAGGCAAAGUAGAUGAGAUUGAACGAUUGGAGUCUGCAAUCCGUGAACUCCAGAUUCAAAUUCAGCAUCUACAAGCAUUAGAGCGACAAGCUGGUAAUGAAAAUGCACAUUUGCAUGGAGAAAUAAAACAACUGAAACAUGACUUGAAUGAAGCAAGACAACAAUACAGGGAUUGUGCACAGGAGCUUGCUCACUAUGAAGAGAAGCUGAUGCUGAUGGAGAGCAGUUUACAGACAACUCAAGAACAACUUAGUAACAGAGUCACUGAGGUAGUGAAGCAUGAACAGUUGAACCGUAGACUGCAAGCUGAGCUGAAGACUCUUGGAGAACGACACAAACAAAAUGAAGAAGAGAUGGAAGAAGAGAAGAUAAUGAAUGAUAGACUAAGACGAGAGUUAAACAUAUCCCGAGAAGACAAUGAGAGAAUUAUAAAAGAAGGAAUUCACCAUCAACAGUUGGCACAUCAAAUGGAGAUGGAAUAUGUCACAGCUAAGGAUCAGGUGUCACUUCUCCAGGAACAGGUAACACAACAAGACAGAAUCCUGCGAGAGUUACAAGAGGAGUUGAGAGAAGAGAAGAUGAGACAGCAAGACGCGAAUAAACAAAUGCAGCACCAUAAAAAAAUGCUCGAUGAUUUGAAUGAACAAAUGGAUGGAUAUAAGAAACAAUUGAAAAAUGAGACUAAUAAGCUGAAUGAGAAAGAGAGUUCACUGAACAAAUUACACUGUGAAGCUGAAGCCCUGCAAGACAAGCUAAGAGCUACUAAGGAAGAACUUGCUGAGAAGAACGGACAGUUGCAAGUUGCUAAGAUGAACCUGGACAUGGCUGACAAACAGAGCAAGCACCAUGCACAGGAAGUGAGUCGGUAUGAAGAAACUCUGGCUCAGUUACAAAAUGAUUUUGAACAAUGUCAAGAUCAAUAUAGAUCAGAGCAUAACGAGGUAAGUCAUUUUAUUCAUUUAAAAUUUGCAGCAUGGUCAAUGUUCUGUAGCCUGCCAUUAGUUAAUGUGUCAGUGAAAAUGAGAUCGCUAUGGUUCAUGCUAACUGUGGGAACACUUUAUGUGCACACACCAUUGGUGUGA